AUGGCGACCAAUCAUGAGGAUACCGCUGCUGAGCUCCAUGAGCAGCUCACCGAGCGCAUUCCCGACAAGAAGGAGACAAGAGACCUGGCUGGAGGAUACAUAGCAUCCAACAAGGCUGUCUCAGAAAAGAUCGGCGAGGCCAAGCACAGCGUAGAGUCGCCUGCCGAUGAGAGUGGUCCUACCCCUGAUGGCGAGGAGCCCACCGACUACGAGAAGAACACUUUGCGCCGUAUCGGAGAGAACCUGCCCGCCGCCGCCUACCUCGUUGCUAUCGUCGAACUCACUGAGCGUUUCGCCUACUACGGUGCCCAGGGUAUAUUCCAGAACUACAUCAGCUACGAUGUCGAUGGCGCUGAUGGACCCAAGGGCUUGGGAAUGGGUAACCAGGCUGCUACCGGUCUCAAUCUUUUCUUCCAGUGGUUCUGCUAUGUGACGCCCAUUCUGGGUGCUAUCAUUGCUGACCAGUAUCUCGGAAAGUACAAGACUAUUCUGCUCUUCUGUUGUUUCUACUGGGUCGGCCUUAUCAUUCUGUGGACAACCGCUCUCCCGACUUCCAUGGCUCACGGAGCUGGCAAGGCCGGCUACAUCGUUGCCAUCAUUGUAAUCGGACUUGGAACAGGAGGUAUCAAGUCAAACAUCGCUCCUCUGAUCGCUGAUCAGUACCAGCGCCGUGUUAUGGCCGUCAAGACCGAGAAAAGUGGUGAGCGUGUCAUUAUUGACCCUGCCGUCACUUACCAGCGUAUCUAUAUGGUCUUCUACUGGUGUAUCAACUUGGGAGCUCUCUCUUUGAUGGCGACACCUUUCAUGGAGAAGUACAAGGGUUUCUGGACCGCUUUCUUGAUGUGUUUCGUCAUGUUCAACAUUGGUAUCUGCGUCUUGAUUUCGUGCCGCAAGUACUACAUCGACCGUCCCCCCCAGGGAUCUGUUAUUACCGACGCCUUCAAGGCUCUUGGUAUGAUGAUUGUUGCCAGAAACAUGGAUGCGGCCAAGCCGUCCUGGCGUGAGGCCAACGGAAAGACCAAGGUUGUUCCCUGGAACGACCACUUCGUUGAGGAGCUGAAGCGUGCUCUUCGUGCUUGCAAGGUCUUCGUCUUUUACCCCAUCUUCUGGGUCUGCUACGGCCAAUUUUCAACCAACUUCGUCACCCAAGCUGGCCAGAUGGAGGGCCAUGGAAUGCCCAACGAUUUCAUGCAGAACUUUGACCCCGUGUCUAUCUUGAUCUUCACACCUAUCCUGGACCGCGUCGUCUACCCCAUCCUCAGACGUAUGGGAAUUGAGCUCCGCCCCGUCAUGCGUAUCACCAUUGGUUUCUGGCUGGCAUCUUUAUGUCUGGCUUACGCUGCCAUUGUCCAGCACCUCAUUUACAGGGCAGGCCCAUGCUUUGAAAGCCCCGGCGCUUGCCCCGAGGGCAUGGAUGGAAAUUCCAAGCUGCCAAACCACGUUCAUAUCGCUGUUCAGACCCCUGCGUACGUUUUCAUCGGCCUUUCCGAAAUCUUCAUCUCCGUCACUGGUCUCGAGUACGCCUACACCAAGGCCCCUCCCAGCAUGAAGUCGUUCGUUCAGAGUCUGUAUCUCUUCACCAAUGCUUUUGGAUCUGCUCUUUCGGAAGCCCUUGUUUCCGUCGCAAUGGACCCCAAAUAUCUGUGGAUGUACACCGGUGUUGCCGUCUUCGCCUUCUGCACUGGAUGCGUUUUCUGGGUUCUUUUCCACCACUAUGAUGCCGACGAAGAGAAGAUGUACGAUCUGGAUCGUGACCAGCCUGUGGCUUCUCUCCCCAACGCGAAGAACGUUGAGGAAUAG